AAAUGAGCAAAGUGAGCAGUUUGAGUGCAACAUGCGCAGAGCCGGGCCGUGUUUGGCCUCUGUGGAGCAGGGCGGGUUUCUGGCCAUGUGAUGACAUCACCGCUCAGCGCUGGAGGAGCCGCAGCAUCCCGCUCAGUCAGUACCAGGGGGACACGGUACGGGGUAGUAGUACCAGGAGGACGCGGUACGGUGUCGGGUUAGUACCAGGACACACGGUACGGGGUCGGGUUAGUACCUGGAGACACGGUACGGGGUAGGGCUAGUAGUACCAGGUGGACACGUUACAUGGUGGUAGUACCAGGACACGGGGUAGGGGGUAGUAGUACCAGGACACACGGUACAUGUUAGUACUAGAAGGACACGGUACGGGGCAGGGUUAGUAGUACCAGGACACACGGUACUUGUUAGUACCAGGAGGACACGGUACGUGGUAGGGUUAGUACCAGGAGGACUAGGGUAGUAGUAGCAGGACACACGGUACGUCGGUACAAGGAGCGUCAGGGUUAACGUCGUCCGUUCGGUUAUCGGUGAUGGCCCAACCGAUCCAACUGAAGAAUUAUUAACCAGAUGAGUCCAGGAACCAGUUGAACCAAGUGAGAAGCUGCUAGCCUAGCGCCCCCUCUGUAGCCUCUUCCUUUACCGGGUUUCUGGAUCUCCCUGGUGUGAGGAUCUCUGAUGCUGUCAGUGGGGAACAGAGACGACCGUAGCCACAGCAAGAGGAGAACAUGAUGUCGGACGUGACGGAGCAGAGGAUGUGUGAUGAACCCUUUGGUUCGGACGAGGAGGGAGAGGAGGCGGACGUGGAGUCCUACCUGGAGGACAACAGCAGUGAGCUCAUGGACCGACUGAGGGAGUUGGAGGCAGAGAACUCUGCGCUGCUCCUGGCCAACGAGAGCCAGAGGGAGGCGUAUGAGAGAUGUCUGGAUGAGGUGGCCAACCAUGUGGUCCAAGCGUUGUUAAAUCAAAAGGACCUGAGAGAGGAGUGCAUCAAGCUGAAGAUGUUGGUGUUUGACCUGGAGAGACAGAACCGCGCACUGUGUGAGCUCUUCCAGCAGAAGCUCCCCAACCACCCCACGACACACUACCAGUUCCCCGCGGGCCCCCUCCCAGACUACAGUGCCCAGCCGCACCCCGACCCCACCAAGCAGGUGGAGGCUGCACAGACCGAAGCACAGGCCAAGGGUAACGGCUACCGCACACAGCACACCUCCCCGGGCCCCCGGGGGCCCGCCGCCUCCAUGGAGGCCCUCUCCCCCUUCUUCAAGAAGAAAGCACACAUCCUGGAGGUCCUGCGCAAGAUGGAGGAGACGGACCCGCUCAAGUUCCACCCGUCCACCACCAGCCUGUCGUUCUGCGACUACAGCCAGGUGCUGAUGUCCACCGAGGCCGUGCUGGCGGCCACCGCCGAGCCCGUCCCCCUGCAGCUGCCCCCCAAGGGCCACCUCCACCACCACCACCACCUGCCCCGCUGCCCCUGCGCCUGCCCCGAGGCGGACGGCCCCCCGCACGCCAACGGGGACGGCCCGCUGCAGCGCGAGGCGGGCGGGACCAAGGGCUGCGGGUUCCACUGCGGCAGGGGCCAAGAGGGCCCCUCCAAGCCCUGCGCCCACAGCACAGCGGGGCCGGAGCCCGCCGGCCCCGCCCCCAAACACUGCAGCAAGAAUGAAAAGCACCAGCCGCUCGCACAGGCGGCCAAUCAGAGCCACGAGGCGGCGGCGGCGGAGCUCGACGCGGCGGGCCCUCCCCCGGGGAGCCCCCCCCCGGCGGGCGUCUCGGAGGGGCUCUCGGGGUUCUACCCGUCCUCCUCCUACCGGCCCGUCCCUGAGAAGGAGGGCCAGGCGGAGCCCUCCCCCUCGCUGUCGGACGUCCCGGAGCGGGACACGGCGCGGCGGGUCCCCCCGCGCUGCCCCCCGGCCGAGGGCAAGGCGGCGGCCGCCGGCUCUCCGUCCAAGCUGCUGAAGUUCCUGAAGAUCCCGGGCGUGGGGGAGAAGGCCCCGUGCGCGGCCCCCGCCGGCCCCGUGCGCCUCAGCCCGCAGCUCACGCGCAGCUCGCGCAUCCCCUGCCGCACCAACACCUACGAGGUGUACCACUCCCCGGUGCCGCCGCGCCGCGCCGCCACCGCCGAGCGCUGCCCCCCCCAGCCCCCCGCCCCGCCCUCCCGCUCCGAGUCCUACCCCGCCACGCACUCGGCGCCCACCUCCCCCCCGCAGCCCGAGGGGGGGGCCCCCUCCCCGCCCGCCAAGGAGGGGCCCUUCCCCGGCCUCCCUGCCCUCAAGGAGGGGCCCUACGUAGGCCUGUUGGCCCCCAAGGAGGGGCCCUUCCCCGGCCUCUUGGCCCCCAAGGAGGGGCCCUACGUAGGCCUGUUGGCCCCCAAGGAGGGGCCCUUCCCCGGCCUCUUGGCCCCCAAGGAGGGGCCCUACUUAGGCCUGUUGGCCCCCAAGGAGGGGCCCUUCCCCGGCCUCUCUGCUCUCAAGGAGGGGCCCUACAUAGGCCUCUUGGCCCCCAAGGAGGGGCCCUUCCCUGGCCUCUUGAACCCCAAGGAGGGGCCCUACGUAGGCCUCUUGGCCCCUAAGACCAGCAGCAGGACGGGCCCGGCCUCCGCCUUACCCAAGGGCCCCGUCCAGACCCGGGUUCCACACUACGAGAACGUGGCCGACCUGCCCGCCCGGGGGCCCGAGGAGGCCCCCGCUCGGGGCCCCGAGGGGCCCCUGGCCCUGGAGAAGAGGCCCAGGCCCUCCUCGCAGGCGGCGGGGUCCGGCAGGAAGCUGGUGAAGUCGCUACCGGAGAGCGCCCUCCGCGCUCCCCCUCCGCAGCGCAAACAGUCCUCUUCCUCGCCCUCCUCCUCCUCCACGUCAGACGAGGAGGGGGAGGAGGAGGAGGGGGAGGAAGAGGAGGAGGAGGAGGAGGAGGAGGAAGAGGAGGAAGAGGAGGAGAGCUCCGUCUGGAGGUCCCACCCCAGCCGGGCCGCCCCCUCGGGUGCGGACGAGGCGCCGGCCGGGCCCCACUACCCCAGGGAGACCCCCAUGGCCCAGGACCCCCAGGACCUCCAGCCGCCCCCCCUGCCUCCUCCUCCCCCCCCCCCGGCCGCCCCGGCCAAGAGGAGCGACUCCUCGUCCAUCCCAAAGCGGCCGGGCAGCGGGCCGGGCCGCUCCCCGGCCGACUCGGGACACCACGCCUUCAAGGACCGCCUGGCGGCGCUGGGGAAGCUGCGCAGCUCGGAGGACCUGCGCCUCAGGGCGUCGGAGGGCCCCGACGCGGUCGGUGAGGGCCCCGCAGCCCCCGGUGAGGAGCAGGGCCCGACCCUGGAGCGGCCCGCCGAGCCCAGGGAGGGGCCCUCCAGGGAGGGGCCCUCCAGAGAGGGGCCCCCCAGAGAGGGGCCCCCCAGAGAGGGGCCCCCCAGAGAGGGGCCCCCCAGGGAGGGGCCCAGGCACGGGAAGCGCUCGGACUCGCUGGACGGCAAGGCCAAAGCUCCCGGCGGGGCUCUGAAGUACCCCGGCCCCUCCCUGUACGAGGCGGGCGCCAAGCCUGCGGGCGGGGCGGCGGCGAGCGGGGGGGCGGCGAGGCCGGAGCCCAAGACGGACAGCCCCAAGAGCAGGAUCGGCCUGCCCUCCCCGAGCGCCGACGCGCCCCAGGUACCGCGCAACAGCAUGCGCUGUCCCGGCUCCCUGAACCUGGCCUACACCAAGGCCGGCUUCGGCCCUCCCGGCGGCAGCAGCCCCAACAAGAUCCCCCCCAAGUCGCCCUCCAAGCCCACCCAGGGCCCCCCGCCGCGGGCGCCCCGGCCGGCCGACGCGCCACGCUACUCCUCCAAGUCGGAGGAGCGCUCCAAGAUCGGCGGCAAGGGCAAGAAAACCCCCGCGUACGGGGACAGCCUCCCGCCCCCCCCGCCCAAGCCCCCCGCCGCGGACCCCCAGGAGGCCGCCCCGCCGCCGCCGCCGCUCCCCAGCCCGCAGUCGGCCAUCGAGCAGAAGGUGAUGAAGGGCAUCGAGGAGAACAUGCUGAAGCUGCAGGAGCAGGACCGCACGGCGCCCGGCGGCCCAGAGCCCAAGCAGAAGGCGUCCAACGGCAUCGCCAGCUGGUUCGGCCUGAAGAAGAGCAAGCUGCCGGCGCUCAGCCGCAAGGCGGACGGCGCCAAGGCCAAGGAGGACAAGUGGCGGAUCAGCAUCCCCUCGGUGGGGAAGGAGUCCCAGGCCAAGGUGGCGGCGCGCUGCAAGGAGGGCGUGGAGGGCCUGAACAUCUCCACGCUCAUGGAGAAGGCGGAGGGGCUGCGGCGCGCCCUGGAGGAGGAGCGCGCCUACGUGGAGCGCUCGGGCCGCGGGCACUCGUGCGAGGUGGUGAUGGACCCGUCCCAGGGCCAGCUGGCCGUCAUGUACAGGGGCGCGCGCUCCGACAACUUCAUGCAGCAGCUGCUCAACAGAGUGGACGGGAAGGAGGUGAUCAGCGUCCCCCAGCGCCGGCUCUCCUUCGACUGCAAGACGUCCCGACCGGUGUUCACCACGCAGGGCGACGUCAUCAGCCACAUGGGGUCAGCUGGCGUGACCUCGGACGAGAACCUGGCCGACUCUGUCCACUCACAACACUUUGCAGCGUCCGGCGCCUCCACCUACACCCUGGACAGCGGCAUUGGCACCUUCCCGCUGCCCGACGGCGGGGCCGCCGGCCGCAGCCUGUCCAAGGUGCGGACGGGCGGGGCCGCGGAGCCGCGGGGGGGCUCCCCCGGCCGGGUGGCCCGCCGCGCCCGCACUCUGGACCGCGAGAUGACGGCCCAGGAGGACGGCUACAGCGCCCCCCACAGGCCGCUGGUGCCCACCGCGCAGUACGGUGCCCUGCUGGAGGGCCGGGGCCCCACGGGGGGCCUCCGCGAAGACCCAGAGGCCCACGGAGCCAACAUGUUCUCACCGCGCUCCAAGACCUGGACCUUCCCCAGCCUGAAGGGCCCCGGGGCCCCGGCCGAGGUGUACCUGGCGGUGGAGGAGGAGGAGGAGGAGCCCGUGGCCUUCAGCUCCUUCAGAGCGGGCCUGAAGGAGGGGGGGCCCUCUUCCAGCCGCGGGGGGGUGGACCCGGGCAGCCUGCCCGUACCCGUCCCGUCCGGGCUGGGCCGCCGGGGGAAGACUCGCACCCCAAGCAUCCCCGAGAUGAGCCGGGAGGCGGGGCUAGAGCUGCUGAGGGAGCGGCCCGAGGAGGCCAUCUCCCCGAGUCGCCCCCAGGUCCUGGAGACCCCGGAGUCCCUCAGCGACUCGCUCUACGACAGCCUGUCGUCGUGCGGCAGCCAAGGGUGAAGGGAGAACGGGAAAACACAAACACUAUGAGGACGGUGAAUGCUAACGGCUAGUCUGGAGAACCCUGGCGCCACACGCAGGAGAACGAUGUUGGGAGCCGCUGUCUGCUGCUGAAUCUGCACCUUCAGGACUAAAGGAACGUUAACGUUCUCCAGACCACGUGCAGCUGGAAACAGUGUUGCCAGUUUGGGACUGAUUUUUUUUCGCAAAUCUGGCAACAGCCUGAUUGGGUGGGAAAUCUGGCCCAAUCUGGCAACACGGGCUGGAAGAUGACAGACUUCUCCUCAGGAUUUCUAUUAAAUGCGAAACCAAAAGCCACUCAAAUGUCAUAAGAGGUUGUUCACUUUUUUUAAUGAUGCAAUUGAAUACGGACACGUCAAAUUCAUGUCAACGGGACAAAGGAACGCAUGGGCAAAGGAACAAUUAUCACACAUUUGCCAUUACUCGUUUGAAAGAACAGCAGGAGUAAAACCCUCCAGCUCGUCAUUGUGUAGUUGUUGAAAGCGAUGACACAUGGAUCAUGUGUGAAGUCAACAUACUCUACAGCGUUUGUUGUAUCGACUAUGUACUUUAUCUUACGUUACGUUUUUAACUUCACAAGUACUGAAAAUAGUGUUUUCUUAUUCAGCUUCUUAAAUAAUGAAUGUUCAUGUCUGUGAUUCUUAAUUGCUAAACUCAUGCAUUAGUCAGAUUAGUCAGAAUGUAUGUGCUUUAAAUCACUUUUUAAAAAGGUAAUAUAUACCAGCAAUAAUAUCAUAGGAAAAAGAAAUGGCUACACUAUUCAACGAAUAUGUAUUAUUUAUUUAUUUGAAAUGUACAUUUCCUUCCGUUUAUCUAUGUGAAACGUAGUCUUAGAUUCUGUUCAUAUCGUCUGUCGCCAUCGAUCCUCUCGCUAGAGAUCAUGUAUCCGCUGACCUUUUUUCUACUCUACAAUUAAAACAAUUUUGAUUUAAUCUGGAUUGUGAUUAUGACCCACAUUACAGUUGUUACAAAAUACACAACACACCCAAGAGUUGAGUUGAUCACAUUCAACAAAAUUUAUUUGAGCAAAUGUAUCAAAUUAUUUGAUAUAAUAGUACAUCAAUAAAAUAAAUUCUUCACAGUAUACAAACGUUCAAAAUAUUGUAAAUGUUAACAUCACAUUUGGCAAACUAAUUUCUAAAGAACAUGUACUUCAUUGAGUUUUUUUUUUUAGACACAUUUACAUGAAGGAACAAUCUGAAUCAUUGGCUUGUCCGCAGGAAAAAUAUGGACAGAUGGCCAUA